AGCCACCCUCCUCAACCCGGAUCUAAAACCCGGGACACAGCUAUCGGGCCAGCCUCUCUCUCCACCCCACCCCCUCUUUCUGGCGUCCAUCCCCUCCCCAACUCCACCUCUGCUGCUGCCUCUGGCUGUGGACCUGCACCUCUUCCCCAUCCCCGACAGGCCUGGAGAGCGGGGUGAGCCUGGAUGAGAGCUCCCACAACCUGGGGCUCUCCCAGGCCAUGGCCCGAGUGCUCCCAGGGAGGAGCCCCAGACCCUGAGCAUCUGCUGGAGGCUUGGCAGAGGCCCCGCGGGGACCGUGUCUUCUGAGGACAAAAGGCGGCGGCCAGCGGGCAGACAGGGAGGGGGAAGGGGGGACCGGCAGCCAGGUGGGCAGACGGGUAGCAGGGGCCAGUGCUGGCCCCCCUCCCAGCUUGGCGGUGGCGUGAAGAUGGGGGUGGGAGUGUGUUGCUGGGGAAGCACCUGCCUGGACCCGCACCUGCCAGCUAGCUGGGCACCCCAAGGCUGUGUGCUGCCCACCUGGUGUUCCCCAACACCCCCAGCCCUGCCCAGUGCACUCCUCCAGUGCCUGCUUCCCCUGAUGUCUGCGAUUUAGACCAGCCCGGCUGUAUCCACGGCAACAGAAGCAGGAGUGUCACUGGCUGCCAGAUCACGGAGGGUCCCACAAUGUGGCCUGGGCUGUGACUUAUCCUGAGUGAGACAGCUUGAGCCCCCUCCCUCGAUUCCAAGACAACCCUGCUGAGAGAGCCUAGGUGCAGCCCAGCAGGACAACUGAUGGAGUCCCCCGGGGCCCAUCGAGUACCGGACUGGCUGACCCCAUAGGGUUGGGAGCAGCCCCUGCCCCUCAGUAUGGCCAACACCACUGGAGAGCCCGAGGAGGUGAGCGGCGCACUGUCUCCACCAUCAGCAUCGGCUUACGUGAAGCUGGUGCUGCUGGGACUGAUCAUGUGCGUGAGCCUGGCGGGCAAUGCCAUCUUGUCCCUGCUGGUGCUCAAGGAGCGUGCCCUGCACAAGGCUCCUUACUACUUUCUGCUGGACCUGUGCCUGGCUGAUGGCAUACGCUCUGCCGUCUGCUUCCCCUUUGUGCUGGCUUCCGUGCGCCACGGCUCCUCAUGGACCUUCAGUGCGCUCAGCUGCAAGAUUGUGGCCUUUAUGGCCGUGCUCUUUUGCUUCCAUGCGGCCUUCAUGCUGUUCUGCAUCAGCGUCACACGCUACAUGGCCAUCGCCCACCACCGCUUCUAUGCCAAGCGCAUGACACUCUGGACAUGCGCAGCUGUCAUCUGCAUGGCCUGGACCCUGUCUGUGGCCAUGGCCUUCCCACCUGUCUUCGACGUGGGCACCUACAAGUUCAUCCGUGAGGAGGACCAGUGCAUCUUUGAGCAUCGCUACUUCAAGGCCAAUGACACGCUGGGCUUCAUGCUUAUGUUGGCUGUGCUCAUGGCAGCCACACAUGCUGUCUAUGGCAAGCUGCUCCUCUUCGAGUAUCGUCACCGCAAGAUGAAGCCCGUGCAGAUGGUGCCAGCCAUCAGCCAGAACUGGACAUUCCAUGGUCCUGGGGCCACCGGCCAGGCUGCUGCCAACUGGAUCGCUGGCUUUGGCCGUGGGCCCAUGCCACCAACCCUGCUGGGUAUCCGGCAGAAUGGGCAUGCAGCCAGCCGGCGGCUGCUGGGCAUGGACGAGGUCAAGGGUGAAAAGCAGCUGGGCCGUAUGUUCUAUGCCAUCACACUACUCUUCCUGCUCCUCUGGUCACCCUACAUCGUGGCCUGCUACUGGCGAGUGUUUGUGAAAGCCUGUGCCGUGCCCCACCGUUACCUGGCCACCGCUGUUUGGAUGAGCUUCGCCCAGGCUGCCGUCAACCCGAUUGUCUGCUUCCUGCUCAACAAGGACCUCAAGAAGUGCCUGAGGACUCAUGCCCCCUGCUGGGGCACAGGAGGUGCCCCGGCUCCUAGAGAACCCUACUGUGUCAUGUGAAGCAGGCUGGUAGGCAGACAGGCAGGGAGAAAGUCAGGGCCAGCAUGAUGGAGCCAACAGAAGGGGAGAGGUGGGGCACCACACAGGAGCCUUUCUUUCUGAGCUCCAGCCCCAGCCCCUCGAACCACCUGGAAUCUAGGCACCUUUGCCAGCACCUCCCCAGGGUUGGGGACUGGGUGGGGGACUAGGAAAAAGGCAUUUCUAGUUCUGUGGGGCCCAUCUCCGCCACCUCCUUCUCCACUUCUACAAUCUCUC